AUGGACUUUUGCAUGAACAUGAACACGAAAGCAAAUAGGAAGAAGUUGGUACGGGCGCUCUUUAUAGUUCCCAGACAAAGGUUGGAUUUGCUACCAUUUUAUGCAAGAUUGGUUGCUACAUUGCAUCCCUGCAUGUCUGAUGUAGCAGAGGAUCUUUGUUCCAUGCUGAGGGGGGAUUUCAGAUUUCAUGUACGAAAAAAGGACCAGAUCAAUAUUGAAACAAAGAACAAAACUGUUCGUUUUAUUGGAGAACUCACUAAGUUUAAGAUGUUCACAAAAAAUGAUACACUGCAUUGUUUAAAGAUGCUUCUAUCAGACUUUUCCCAUCACCAUAUUGAAAUGGCAUGUACCCUACUGGAAACAUGUGGAAGAUUUCUUUUCAGAUCUCCAGAAUCUCACCUGAGGACCAGUGUACUUUUGGAACAAAUGAUGAGAAAGAAACAAGCGAUGCAUCUCGAUGCUAGAUAUGUCACAAUGGUGGAGAAUGCAUAUUACUACUGCAACCCACCUCCAGCUGAAAAAACAGUGAAAAAGAAACGUCCUCCUCUUCAAGAAUAUGUCCGGAAGCUUUUGUACAAAGAUCUCUCCAAGGUUACCACCGAGAAGGUUUUGAGACAGAUGAGAAAGUUGCCUUGGCAGGAUCAAGAAGUGAAAGACUAUGUGAUUUGUUGUAUGAUAAACAUCUGGAACGUGAAAUACAAAAGCAUUCACUGUGUAGCCAACCUCUUAGCAGGACUAGUGCUCUACCAGGAAGAUGUUGGAAUCCAUGUUGUGGAUGGAGUUUUAGAAGAUAUUCGAUUAGGAAUGGAGGUUAAUCAACCUAAAUUUAAUCAGAGACGUAUCAGCAGUGCCAAGUUCUUAGGGGAACUUUAUAAUUACAGAAUGAUGGAAUCAGCUGUUAUUUUUAGAACUCUUUAUUCUCUUACUUCAUUUGGUGUUAACUCUGAUGGCUCUCCAAGUUCACUGGACCCUCCUGAGCACCUUUUCAGGAUUAGACUGGUGUGCACUAUUUUGGAUACCUGUGGCCAGUACUUUGACAGAGGUUCCAGUAAACGAAAACUCGAUUGCUUCCUUGUGUAUUUUCAGCGUUAUGUUUGGUGGAAGAAAAGUUUGGAGGUUUGGACAAAAGACCAUCCAUUUCCUAUUGACAUAGAUUACAUGAUCAGUGACACACUAGAACUGCUAAGACCAAAGAUCAAACUCUGUAAUUCUCUGGAAGAAUCCAUCAGGCAGGUACACGACUUGGAACGAGAAUUCUUAAUAAAACUAGGCCUAGUAAAUGACAAAGACUCUAAAGAUUCUAUGACAGAAGGAGAAAAUCUUGAAGAAGAUGAAGAAGAAGAAGAAGAAGGAGGAGCUGAAACAGAGGAACAAUCUGGAAAUGAAAGUGAAGUGAAUGAGCCAGAGGAAGAGGAGGGUUCUGAUAAUGAUGAUGAUGAAGGAGAGGAGGAAGAGGAAGAGAAUACAGAUUAUCUCACGGAUUCAAAUAAAGAGAAUGAAACUGAUGAAGAAAAUACUGAGGUAAUGAUUAAAGGAGGUGGACUGAAACAUGUACCUUGUGUAGAAGAUGAGGACUUCAUUCAAGCUCUGGAUAAAAUGAUGCUCAAAAACCUUCAGCAACGAAGUGGUGAAUCUGUUAAAGUGCACCAGCUUGAUGUUGCCAUUCCCUUGCACCUCAAAAGCCAGCUAAGGAAAGGACCCCCACUCGGUGGUGGGGAGGGAGAGACAGAGUCUGCAGACACAAUGCCGUUUGUCAUGUUAACCAGAAAAGGCAAUAAGCAACAGUUUAAGAUCCUUAAUGUACCCAUGUCUUCCCAACUUGCUGCAAAUCAUUGGAACCAGCAACAAGCAGAACAAGAAGAGAGGAUGAGAAUGAAAAAGCUCACACUAGAUAUCAAUGAACGGCAAGAACAAGAAGAUUAUCAAGAGAUGCUGCAAUCUCUUGCCCAACGCCCAGCUCCAGCAAACACCAAUCGGGAGCGGCGGCCUCGUUACCAACACCCAAAGGGAGCGCCUAAUGCGGAUCUACUCUUUAAGACUGGUGGGAGGAGACAUUGA